AUGGCUGAACACAAGCAAGAUCCUAACCAAGUACCAUCGCUUCCUCCUUCUUGGGACGAAUCGCAAUCGCAGCCAGAAUUGCCGGUGGAAAAGCAAUCAGCAGAGACAAAGAGCCCUGGCAAGGACUUUGGUCCUCCACCCGAUGGAGGAUUGGAAGCUUGGUCGGUCGUGGCAGGCGGCUUUUGUGCCGUCUUUGCCAGCUUUGGGUGGAUUAAUUGUAUCGGCAUAUUCCAAGAUUACUAUCAACAUAACCAACUCAAGACAUAUUCAUCCAGUACUAUUGCAUGGAUACCUUCAGUGGAAUCCUUUAUGAUGUUCUUUUGGGGUCCUGUGGUCGGCAAAAUGACAGACGAAUUUGGUCCCCGUGUACCGAUCCUUCUUGGUUCAUUUCUUCAUGUCUUUGGUCUGAUGAUGACAUCGAUAUCCAAGGAAUACUACCAAAUUCUCUUAUCUCAAGGUUUUUGCAGUGCUAUAGGCUGCUCAUUCCUCUUCUACGCUCCUAUCGCUGCUGUUGGCACUUGGUUCCUUCGACACCGCGCCAUAGCAUUCGGUAUUGUUACUGCUGGUUCAAGCCUUGGAGGCGUUGUGCUACCAAUCAUGGUAAACCAUCUUGUCGUCAAGAUUGGUUUUGGCUGGGCAAUGCGAUCUGUCGCAUUUCUCUUUUUAGGUCUUCUGGUUAUCGCAAACGUUACUAUCAAGUCGCGACUACCACCGCCACGAAGAAAGUUCAACCCCAAGGACUUUAUCUCGCCAUUCCAAGAGAUGCCUUUUCUAUUUUUAACUAUAGGAGCUUUUCUUCUAUACUUGGGUUCUUUCCUACCUUUCAACUUUAUCAUUGUUCAAGCAAAGGCACUUGGAGUAUCUCCCAACUUGGCUGAGUAUAUGGUUCCCAUAGUCAACGCGGCAUCCACGUUCGGCAGACUCCUACCGGCUUAUCUCGGCGACCGUAUUGGUGUUUUCAACGUCAUGAUUCCUCUGACUCUCCUUGGUGGCAUCUUUACUCUUACCGUUUGGCUCACUGCCCAUUCUACUGCGUCAGUUAUAGCAUAUGCUGCGUUGUAUGGUUUCACUUCUGGGUGCACACUCUCCAUUGUCCCCGCCAUGGUUGCUUCAUUCUCAGACGUGCGCAGCAUUGGUACACGCAAUGGUUCGCUGUAUGGUGUUGCCGCCUUUGGAGUCUUGGUGGAGCAUUUGCAAUUGCCUCAAGGCAGUUCCUAG